AUGCCAACGAUCGACAUAGUUGUUUUUUUUUCUACGCUCGGUGCAGAUUGUCCAAUGAUGACUCAGUUGGAGGACUUUCCUACCGAACUGUUUCUUUCGCUGUUUGAUUAUUUUUGGGCGCACGAAAUCUUUUAUUCAUUUGGAAAUCUCAAUUCACGUAUUGAUGGAAUCAUCACUCAAUCUCAACUGCAUAUUUCGUCAGAAAAUCAAGAUAUUGUCUAUUCUCCACAUCGUAUCCUAUCAUUAUCGCUCACGACACCACCGGUCUGUUUAAAUGAAUUCACAAAUCUGCGUUCGUUAACAUUGGAUCGAUGCUGUUUCGAUGAAACAUUUCAAUUUCCACCCACUAUACUACGCCUUUGUAUAAAAAACGCAAGUUUACUUUCGGAAAAUCUGAAACUCAUUCUACAAAAUCCAACCUUGAUCAAUGUCCAAUUAGAUUUACAUCGUAAAAUAACUCUCUUCGAUGAUAAUACAUCGCUCAGUAAUAUUCAAUACUUCACAGUCAAUUACAUAUCAUUAAAUGAUAUAAUUGAGCUACUUCGAUACACUCCGAAGCUGAAAUACCUUCAUGUAUCUCUAUUUGGUGUCGAUCGAGAGAAAAUCACGAACUUCACUCCGAUUUCAACAAUUAAUCGACUAACUUGUCUUUCAAUGGGAAUCACAUUCGAUCAACUAUGCUCCCAACUUCUGUCAGUAUAUUUCCCUAAUCUUCAAAAUUUGACAAUUUUCACGUCCUAUGUCGAUCCGAAUGUUUGUAUUGCAUCGUUGGAACACUUAUUAACAAAUCAUGUACGUUUUGUGAAAAAGUUGAAUGUUAGUGCACAGUUUGUGAUUAAUCCCUCAGCAGCCGCUGCGAGUAAUUACAAUAUUGAGACGAUCAAAACACGUUUUCGAAGCGCAUUUUGGUUGAAACGAAAUUGUCAGGUGACGUUCAAAUGUUGUAACAAUGAUUCUCAUCGCAUUCGCUUGUAUCUUCAAGCGAAUAAAGCACUUCGACGAGCUCGUCCAUCCCGAUUCUAA